AUGUUUUUCAAGGCAAUUGCUAUUUUCGUCUCGGUGAUGUUAAUUCAGAGUAUCACCGGCCAAAGCAUAGGGGUACAUAGCCCCGCUGGUCUUGGGAAUCUUGCAGCUAAUGCCGUAGCAAAUACUGCGAAUGCAGCUGAAGCUGCCGCUGUAGCUGGUAACAACAUGGCAUAUGCAAAUGCAUACCCUGCCAACGUCUACAACCCUAAUGCCUAUGCUCCAAAUGCCUAUCCAUCAUGUUAUGGAAAUUAUGCCAAUCCCAUGGUUGAAGAAAUUCCAAUCGGUCACAAUAUUCCAGGACUUACAUAUGGUUUGACAUUAGCUGAUUUAGCUGCAUCUAACGGUGGAGGUCUACGAGUGAUGAGCUCUUCUCCUAUUGCGCCAACUGGUAUAACUGUUCAAUCAGACAAUAUAGCUAUCGAAGGACCGUUAGCGGUUUCUGGGCAAUUACCAUUUUUGGGCGUUGUGGCAUUGGAAGGUCCUUUACCGGCCACAGGACAAGGUGCGGUGGCUUAUGGGUGUGGAAAUGGAAACGUUGGAAUCGUUAGUGAAGGUGUCAAUGAACCCGCAGCGAUGGCUAAUCCAAACGCGUAUGCCAAUCCAAACGCAUAUGCUAAUCCAAAAGCGUAUGCUAAAGCUAGUGCAUACGCUAAUGCGUAUGGGAACGGGCUGGGUUACAACGGUUAUCCAGCAGGUUUUAAUGCCCCAAUGGGUGCAGUAUACUAG